ACGCGAUAUAAACCGCGUUUAACGGCUUCGUCACGACAUUAGAGGACGUCUUAGAUGAAGAAAAAAAUAGAGUAGGAACGGGACAGAUUUGGGACAGAUUUUAGACAAAAGCUUGAGAUUUUUUACUCCAUAAAAUAUUGCUUUUUACGAGACUGCUCGAGAUCUUCGACAAACUUACGGUUAUUGAAUAGGGAGAUGGAUACGUUCUUGAUUAUCGGCAUCUGCUUCCUCUGUUAUGAAAUGUGCGAUUUAAUAAGACGUUACACCGGCCCGCAGGCAAUAGAAACGCAUCAUCCGGCGGAGACGACCAUCAAGGCAUCGCCCCCGCAGAAAGUAUACUCGAUUUCUCGCAAGAUUCAAGAGCCUCACGCCUGUUGCCCGCAAUAAAUCGUGCGUUUGAUUCCGCGAUUCGAAUAAUUUUACCUAGAAUUGUUUAACAUCUGUGUCAGUUCGGGAAAUGAGCCGCAUUGUGUGAGCUACGCCAGAACGGAAAGGAUCUUUGCUAAACCACGAACGGAUAUAGAAUUCCGCCGAAUUCAGCUCGAGUAAAUGGAUGAUCACACGAGAUGGAUUUACAGUUCCGUACAGUGAUAACAAACGCUCGUCUCGGAGAUUCAUGAUGUUUACGGAGGUUCGGAGCGGCAACUCGAUCGAUAAUGAUUUGUCAGCUGUUACGUCAACUGAAAUAUAGACCAACGGUCUAUCAGUUCUUAGAAUGAUGAAUUCGUAGAUGCGAUAAUCGAAAGUAACAAUUCGCAAUUUGUAUUGAUAAACGUGUCACUUUAUUCAUAAAUGUGGCGAGCGAGGCACGCAAAGGCGUUGCUAAGCUGAAUCGAUAAAGACACAGUGAUAUGAUUCAUCGGGCGAUUUCCCUCAUUAACGAGACGUGUUAGAGUCGAGAGUCGCUGUUGUAUUAUUCAUUAUUCGCGAUGUAUGCGAAUGCGCAACCGCUCGAUUUGUUUGCGAAUACGUAAAAAUAUCGAGAGCAACGGAUUUACUCGAGUGGAAUUGGUCGCGAACACGAUGCACGUUGCGCAUCAUGAAAAAUAAAAUGUGACCCGUCGUUAAGCUUUUGAGACUCAGUAAGUGAUAUUGAUUGAGACAUCGUGGCUGAUAGCCGGCCUAACGGAGCGAGAGAAAAGCAAACUACUUGCUUGACGAACUUUUUAGUACAUGCUUGCGAAUGCAAACUUUACGAUGUUUAGCGUCGGCGUUAGCGAACGUCAGUACAACCGCACGAAAUCGCAACGUAUAAACAGAGAGUGAAGUUUCUUUUGCACGCGUCAGCUAAGCCGGCGUUGUCGUGUACACAAUACAUUGUUUUCCAAAAUAUAACACGACAUCUUGCCCGCAUCUCUAACAUUCGAAGAAGCAAGAAAGAGAGGAGCGAUAACAUUGUAUAUGUUCACUGCCCGUAACUCAAUCUUGACGUCUGCGGUCGAAAAGUUUCUAUAGAUUAUAAUAGACUUACAACCCGUCGCGGUUGAUACAACAGCUAUGUUAUAACGCAAGAACGUUUCGUCGAGAUUGGAAGCGAAAAGGGCCAAUAUAUCUGCAAGUGUAUUAAACAAAAUUAAAUUGCGGAGUGUUAUUGCAUUUUGCAGUUGUUUAUAAAGAUCCGACUGACCUGACCUUUAAGGGGCAAUCAUUAUUUGUUAAUAAGUUAAAUAUAUUUGAAGUGGCCCGUUUUAGUGAAAUGCCUUCCCAGAAUUGAAAUAGCGCUCACAAACUACUUUUAUCUACAACGUCCAGCGAAAAAGAUCCAAUUAUGUCGAAUGAAAGCGCCGAAUUAAUUAAAUUGCUACGAUAUAUUCUCUCUGAUGUCGUAUAAUGUUACUCUCGGUGAAUAUAUCAAAACCCUUUUCGAUGAUUGCGAGUGUGUUUUCUGAUCAAUUCAAGUGGUAGCUCUCAUACCGGAGGAUUUAGCGCGACGACGAGAGGCGAAACUCGUUCAUCGACGCGACGAAGAAGGGGGAAAAGACCAUGACUAAUGUUCAAUCUCAGCCUCAGAGUUCGAUGUUUCGACGCUACGACGUGACCCCUUUUCGGCCGAUAUUUCGAGAGAGAUCGAAACGAGAAAAUAUAAAAAAUUAGAAGACAUGGACUCGCUGGAACGUCUAAUGAGUUCCCGUUCUCACCAUCCGGCUCUCACGGCUGCCACGCGAUCACAAAAUGCCUUUGUACAGGCCAAUCUCUGCUCCGUGAUAGGCCGCAAAGGACGACACCUCAACGGCACCUUUUGUUUAACCGGGGAUACGAUGGAAGGCAUCAUACAAUGCCUGGUUUUCCUCAAAGCUUUCUCGCUCGUGGGCGGUGAAUUCGACAUGGAGUUGAAUUUCGUGAUACAGGACGCGCAGAACAUCAGGCACAUGCUGGAGCUUCUCGAUCAUUGCCCACCCAAUCUCCAGGCCGAAAUAUGGAGCGUCUUUAUCGCGAUCCUGAGAAAAAGUGUCAGAAACUUACAAGCGUGUACGGAUGUAAGUCUCAUAGAACAUGUUCUACAUCGAUUAUCUCGUGCGGAAACUGUUGUCGCCGAUUUAUUAAUCGAUAUGCUGGGAGUGCUAGCAAGCUACAGUAUAACGGUGAAAGAAUUAAAACUUUUGUUCGGCGCUAUGAAAGCUGUUAAAGGAAAAUGGCCGCGGCAUUCGGCGAAAUUAUUGAACGUCCUCCGUCAAAUGCCACAGCGAAAUGGGCCCGAUGUAUUUUUCAGUUUCCCUGGUAGAAAGGGGUCGGCGAUUGUCUUGCCGCCGCUUGCAAAGUGGCCACACGAGAAUGGAUUUACUUUCACCACAUGGUUCCGCCUAGACCCCAUCAACUCUGUUAAUAUCGAACGAGAAAAACCGUACCUCUACUGUUUUAAAACAAGCAAAGGAGUAGGAUACUCUGCACAUUUUGUAGGCAACUGCUUAGUCCUGACGUCUAUGAAAAUAAAAGGCAAGGGCUUCCAACAUUGUGUCAAAUACGAAUUUCAACCACGAAAGUGGUAUAUGAUCGCGGUAGUGUAUAUAUACAAUAGGUGGACGAAGAGUGAAAUUAAAUGUCUGGUCAAUGGUCAGUUGGCGUCGAGUACAGAAAUGACAUGGCAUGUUUCGACAAAUGAUCCUUUCGAUAAGUGCUACAUCGGAGCAACUCCCGAACUGGACGAGGAGCGCGUGUUUUGCGGACAAAUGAGUGCAAUAUACUUAUUCAGCGAAGCACUGACAACGCAUCAGAUAUGCGCGAUGCACAGAUUAGGACCGGGAUAUAAGAGCCAGUUUCGUUUCGACAACGAGUGCUACCUGAAUCUGCCCGACAAUCAUAAAAGGGUACUUUAUGAUGGAAAACUGUCGAAUGCAAUUGUGUUCAUGUACAAUCCAGUAGCAACAGACUCGCAGCUUUGUCUACAGAGUGCACCGAAAGGCAACGUCUCGUAUUUUGUACAUACACCACAUGCUCUCAUGUUACAGGAUGUCAAGGCAGUUAUAACAUACUCGAUUCACAGCACGUUAAACUCAAUAGGAGGUAUUCAAGUAUUGUUCCCAUUAUUCUCUCAACUGGAUAUGCCUUAUGACUGCAUAGCACCGAAUGACGUUAAGCGCGAUCCCACGUUAUGUUCGAAACUGCUCGGCUUUAUUUGCGACUUGGUAGAGAGCUCUCAAACAGUUCAACAACACAUGGUACAAAACAGGGGAUUUCUAGUAAUAAGUUUCAUGCUGCAGAAAUCGAGUCGAGAUCAUCUUACGACGGAAGUCCUUGCAUCCUUCUUGGAGCUCACGAAACAUUUAGUGACCUGUCUCAGCGCAAACAGCGAUCUAUUAUUGAAACAGUUGUUUUAUUUUUCAUUCCUAACAUGGCAGCUACUGGAUCACGUUCUUUUUAAUCCUGCUCUGUGGAUAUAUACGCCAGCGCCAGUACAAACACGACUUUACUCGUACCUGGCCACGGAGUUUCUUAGCGACACGCAAAUAUAUUCCAAUGUGAGACGUGUGUCGACAGUUUUGCAAACGGUACACACACUGAAAUAUUAUUACUGGGUAGCUAAUCCUCGAGCUAAAAGCGGAAUAACACCAAAAGGACUUGAUGGACCGCGUCCGCAACAAAAAGACAUUCUUGCAAUUCGUUCUUAUAUCUUAUUAUUUUUGAAACAAUUGAUAAUGAUUGGUAACGGAGUAAAAGACGACGAAUUACAGAGCAUCCUUAAUUAUCUGACAACAAUGCACGAGGAUGAAAAUUUGCACGACGUUUUACAAAUGCUCAUAUCUUUGAUGUCGGAACAUCCAUCAUCGAUGGUACCCGCAUUCGACGCGAAACAAGGUGUACGAACCAUUUUCAAACUCUUAGCAGCUGAAAGCCAGUUGAUACGUUUGCAAGCGUUAAAACUGCUAGGAUUCUUUCUUAGCCGCAGUACACACAAAAGGAAAUACGAUGUUAUGAGUCCACAUAAUCUGUAUACGUUAUUGGCUGAAAGGCUCUUAUUGAACGAGGAAACACUCUCAUUGCCGACGUAUAACGUUUUAUAUGAGAUUAUGACCGAGCACAUCAGUCAACAAAUAUUGUAUGCUAGACAUCCUGAACCUGAAUCCCACUAUCGUUUAGAAAAUCCGAUGAUCCUGAAGGUGGUCGCGACAUUGGUUCGACAAUCAAAGCAAACAGAACAGUUGUUAGAAGUGAAAAAAUUAUUCCUCUCGGAUAUGACACUGCUCUGCAACAAUAAUCGAGAAAAUCGGCGAACGGUUUUGCAAAUGUCUGUAUGGCAGGAAUGGCUUAUCGCUAUGGCUUAUAUCCAUCCCAAAAAUACAGAAGAGCAGAAAAUAUCCGACAUGGUGUAUUCCUUAUUUCGCAUGCUUCUUCAUCACGCUAUCAAGCACGAAUAUGGUGGCUGGCGUGUAUGGGUUGAUACGCUGGCUAUCGUGCAUUCCAAGGUAUCCUACGAGGAAUUCAAACUUCAAUUUGCUCAAAUGUACGAGCAUUACGAGCGACAGAGAUCCGACAAUAUUACAGAUCCUGAGCUAAGACAGCAGAGACCGAUUAGCACGAUUUCUGGAUGGGAUCAACAGCAUUCCGGAAACAACGGCUACAACAGACCAGCGGUGUGGGGAAAUCAGCAAAAUCAUGAAGUACAACACAUGGAAAGGAAUUACAAGGAGUUCGAUGCAUCCGAAGCAAACGAUCGAUUGGAAGAAUCUUGUAGUUGCGACCUCAAUUCAAUAGACAACACUGAAAGUGACGGUAGUCCAGCCAUCGUGAAAUCGCGCAGUGAGACUCUGGAUACUCUACAAUCGUGCGAGGUAGUGUCAUUGGAUUCCAGAUUAAGCGACAAACCGGAAACACCGACCACCGCGCGCGAGGCUCACACAGAGACACCGACCAUCCUCGAGGAAGCGAAUAGCGAAGCUGUCUCGCUGCCGACCACGCAGGAGACCAGCGAGGUGAUAUCGAUUGAGAGUUCUAGUGACUUCUACAGUGAAGUGCACAAAAUUGAGAGUUCCAGUCCCGAUUCGAUGAUCGUCGCGGACACACCGAAAAAAGAAGAAGAUGCAACUUUGGAAAAACAACCAGUUGCUGUUACCGAAUCCUCUUCAACUGAACAGGUCAAGGAGAACACAGAAGUGACAGCUGUUGAAUCGAAUGAUACAACGGAAACUGCAGAAGUUAUUAAUGUCUCAGAUACAGUUUCUACAAUAGUGGAUGAAGUCGAAAAUAACCCGGUGACGGACAAGGAAGCAAACGAUAAACCUAUCGAGGAAAAUAACGUUGUGACCGAUGACAGUAAUACACCGACUAACACUGAAGAUUCCGACAAAACUACGACGGCAAUCGAAAACGCAGAUGAAAACUCUGUUGCUUUAAAGACUGACGUCGACACUGAGGAAAAUACUGUGCCAAUUGUCCCUUCUGACGAAACGCGAGAAGUAUUGACAGUUAAAGUUAUUGAAAAACUUCAACUAGAGAAUGAUCGUGAAAUAAUUGAUAGCGAUACAUCAGAAACAUACUUAACGCCAACCGAAAAUCAAGAAAUCUCGAGCGAGAUGAAAAGCAGAACGUCUGAAAGUGAGAAAAUUGACGACGACACCGUCGAAAAGAAGGAUAUUUCCGAAGACAGGGACAUUACCACUGAGACUGUUGAGAGCGACGAAGGGGAAACCGUAAAAAAUCCUAAUUGCUCAACUAGCGUAGUAGAAAGCGGCGAGACUUGCGCGGAGAAGGCAAUAGAUCUAGAAAACGAGAAGGUGGAAGCAGUAGUAGUGAAUAGUGCGUUAAGUAGUGACGAACGCGCCGUGGAUUCUUUAACGGAGGACAAAAGUGCUGUUAUUAAUGAUAGCGAAGACGCGAAGGUAAAUGAGGAACACUCAAGGGAGCCGUCCACUAUUUCUACUAGCGUAAGUGAUAAUAAGUCAGACGUUCCGGCGACGACCGGCGAGGUAGAAGUAACAGAUAGUGUUUCUAGUAAUAGCGAUGUUCAAAGUUCUGUAGAUAAUGUGACGCAAGUGCCAAAUCCUAAGCAGCAAAUCCCAACAAUAUCUACGGUCUGUGAUGCAACUAAAAGUUUAUCCGACGGUGUGCCUCAAAUCGUUAGUUCUAAUGUGGUUGCCAGAGACAAUGCGUUAUUGAAUGACUUACCUCCAGAUCACGUAGACGCCCAUCGCAGAUCCAGCCUGCCGAUCGUAUCCUCGGAAACGGUCGCGGACGAUAAUGGUCACGAGCCACCCUCCUUGCCUGUGCCCUUACGAAAGACAUCGUCGCCUCAGAAACGACCAAGGAGUGCCUCAACGUCCACGCAGGUGGAUCCUAAUCAUUUCGAAGCCAAAAGGUCGAAGCAAGGAAAUCCUUCCACACGACCAAUGUUCAGUCCAGGUCCGACGCGACCUCCAUUCAGAAUACCGGAAUUUAAAUGGUCUUACAUACAUCAACGGCUACUGUCGGACGUUCUAUUCUCCUUGGAAACGGAUAUUCAAGUGUGGAGAAGUCACUCGACAAAGUCUGUAUUGGAUUUCGUGAACAGCAGCGAAAAUGCCAUUUUCGUGGUGAAUACUGUCCAUCUAAUUUCGCAAUUAGCCGACAAUCUCAUAAUAGCCUGCGGUGGUUUGUUGCCCUUAUUAGCAUCGGCUACCUCGCCGAAUAGCGAAUUGGAUGUAAUCGAGCCAACUCAGGGGAUGCCAAUCGAGGUGGCAGUUUCUUUUUUGCAAAGAUUAGUCAACAUGGCUGACGUACUUAUAUUUGCUAGCUCAUUAAACUUUGGAGAACUGGAAGCUGAGAAAAAUAUGUCAAGUGGUGGCAUACUGCGACAAUGCUUACGACUGGUCUGUACAUGUGCCGUUAGAAACUGCUUAGAGUGUAAAGAACGUGGCAGAUCGUACAGCAUGUUAGGUCGCCAAAUUGGUUCUAGUAAUAAAUCACAGCACAUACAAUCGCUCAUACGCGGGGCUCAAACAUCGCCUAAGAACAUCGUGGAUAAUCUUUCGCAUCAAUUAAGCCCCGUCAAGGAUCCCGAGAAAUUGUUGCAAGAUAUGGAUGUAAAUCGUUUGAGAGCUGUAAUAUACAGAGAUGUUGAAGAAACCAAGCAGGCACAGUUUCUGUCUCUAGCUAUAGUUUACUUCAUCUCUGUAUUAAUGGUUUCGAAAUAUCGCGAUAUAUUGGAACCACCAAUAUCCCAGCGUCCACCGAGUCCAGUACAAACGAUACAGACAAAUGGUGCCGGUCUUAGGCCAGGUAGUCCUUCAGAUGGGAAUGGUGGUGGAGAAGGGCGGCCCCUAUUUCCACAGUGGUCUCACCACGUGUACCCACAGUUCCUCCCAGGAUCUCACCCUAACGCCAAUGCGAAUGUCAAUGCCAAUCACCACAUCAACCAGCACCAUCACCAGCACCCGCUACCGGCUGCCAGGCACUCUAAUCGCCAGCCACCCUCUAACUAUUAUCUCCCGAAUCAUCAUAACAAUCACUACAACCAUCAUCCGAAUAACCAUAACUAUCAUCGUCAUCACCACUAUCAUCAUCACAAUAACAACAACCAUCAUCAUACGCUUCAAAAGCAUAUCGAUCAGCCCCGAAAUCUCUGUCAUAGAAACUCCGGUGUCGGUCUGCAAGGUAGCGGAGGUAUAAUGAGUCAAUCAGGUUCUCAAGAUGACGGGGAAUACGAAGUUAUCAUCGUCGACGAAAAUAAUUCUUCGAUUCUGGCCGAUCACGACGUUACAUCGUCAGGCCCGCCAUCGACCAAGGGAGGUCACAGUGGUGUACCUCGGCCGCGGACUAUUCUCGAGGAUUACACCUCAUCAGAACCAACGCUUGGCACUUCUACAAGGUCCGAACCACUGCCACGAAAUCUGCAGAGCAACGAUUCCAGCGAGGAGACAGUACAUCGCAGCAAUAUUACCGCGGACGCGAGUCCUUCUGAAAUUACUACCGAUAACGAAAAUAAGCACAAUUCGUCCGAAGAAGCUUGGACAGACGUAAACCUUAACGAAGACGGCGAUACGAUGCCGAUUACGAAUCCAAGAGAAGAUCCGCGAAAUAUCCACAAUAUCGCCCAUUCGCGUGGUGACAUGCAAGACAGCGAGGGCAACGUUCUAGAACAAGAAAUGCUCGGCAACGCGGAACGGGGGGAAAAACCGUCGGCGGAAAUCUCGGUGGUUCGAGUUCCCGAUCGACUGGUAGUAACCGGAGCAUCCCCGAGAGCCGAAGAAUUGCCGAUCAAGGGUCUGGUCGACCAUUUACCGGUACCGACACCUUCCCGCGAGGCUUCGCUCACGCAAAAGCUGGAAAUGGCCCUGGGUUCGGUUUGUCCUCUCCUACGAGAGAUCAUGGUGGAUUUUGCCCCCUUCCUGUCCAAAACACUCGUUGGCUCCCAUGGUCAAGAAUUAUUAAUGGAAGGAAAAGGUACGAGCUGCAAGGGUUUGACUACAUUUAAAAACAGCAACUCCGUCGUGGAAUUGGUUAUGCUUCUCUGCUCUCAGGAAUGGCAAAACUCUUUGCAGAAGCACGCGGGUCUUGCUUUCAUCGAGCUCAUUAACGAGGGAAGAUUGCUAUCUCACGCUAUGAAGGAUCACAUAGUAAGAGUCGCAAACGAGGCAGAGUUUAUUUUAAACAGGAUGAGAGCAGAUGACGUUCUGAAACAUGCUGACUUUGAGUCACAAUGCGCUCAAACGUUACUGGACCGUCGAGAGGAAGAACGUAUGUGCGAUCAUUUGAUUACCGCAGCACGAAGGCGCGAUAAUGUAAUCGCUAGCAGAUUGUUAGAGAAAGUUCGUAAUAUCUUGUCCAAUAAGCACGGCGCAUGGGGAUACAUGGAUCCAAUGGCUGCAAAAUUAGCCGAGUAUUGGAAGCUGGAUGCUUGGGAGGAUGAUGCACGUAGACGCAAGCGUUUCGUGCACAAUCCACUAGGCUCGAGCCACCCCGAGGCUACUCUCAAGGCGGCUCUAGAACACGGUGCACCCGAGGAUGCGAUACUUCAAGCGCGUGAAGAAUUUCACGCGCAUCUCGCAGCCUCGCGUGCACACCAACAGCAAUUGCAGUCGGCGGAUCUUUUAGACGACAGUGAAUUGCUGUCGGACGACAGGGAUCUCGACAACGACUUGACAGGUCCGGUGAACAUCAGCACGAAAGGCAGAUUAAUCGCACCCGGUAUCGUGGCGCCCGGCAUCAUUUCCGUUACAUCUACAGAGCUGUAUUUCGAGGUGGACGAGGACGAUCCGGAGUUCAAGAAAAUCGACAGUGAGGUGCUGAAGUAUUGCGAUCAUUUACAUGGAAAAUGGUACUUCUCCGAAGUACGUGCAAUCUUCUCGCGACGUUACCUGCUGCAAAAUAUGGCCAUCGAAAUCUUUCUCGCCAGCAGAACCUCGAUCCUGUUUGCAUUCUCGGACCAGGCGACGGUGAAAAAGAUGAUCAAGGCGCUACCGCGAGUCGGCGUUGGCAUCAAAUACGGGAUACCCCAGACUAGACGAGCAUCGUUGAUGUCACCGCGACAAUUGAUGAGAAGCUCUAAUAUGACUCAAAAGUGGCAGCGUCGAGAAAUAUCGAACUUUGAAUAUCUAAUGUUCCUGAACACAAUUGCUGGUCGCACCUACAAUGACUUGAAUCAGUAUCCUGUAUUUCCUUGGGUGUUAACAAACUACGAAACGAAGGAACUUGAUCUCAGCUUACCGAGCAAUUAUCGAGAUUUAUCAAAGCCGAUUGGUGCAUUGAAUCCAAACAGGAGAGCUUAUUUCGAGGAGCGUUUUCAAGGCUGGGAACAUGACACUAUACCACCUUUCCAUUAUGGCACGCAUUACUCUACGGCGGCCUUUGUUUUAAAUUGGAUGAUACGUGUGGAACCGAUGACAACUAUGUUCUUAGCGUUACAAGGCGGCAAAUUCGAUCACCCUAAUAGGCUUUUUUCGUCUAUCGCACUCUCAUGGAAGAACUGCCAGCGUGAUACGUCCGACGUCAAGGAGUUAAUUCCGGAAUUCUUCUUUCUGCCGGAAAUGCUGGUGAAUAGCAAUCGCUAUCGUUUGGGCAGGCAGGAGGAUGGUAGCGCGGUCGGCGAUGUUGAAUUACCACCUUGGGCUUCAUCUCCCGAAGAAUUUAUACGUAUAAAUCGAAUGGCACUCGAGUCCGAAUUUGUAUCUUGUCAAUUACAUCAAUGGAUCGAUCUGAUAUUUGGUUAUAAGCAGAAAGGUCCGGAAGCCGUGCGUGCGACCAACGUUUUCUAUUAUUUAACGUACGAAGGUAAUGCGGAAUUGGACACGAUCAGCGAUAUCACGAUAAGGGAAGCUAUAGAAAAUCAAAUUAAGAAUUUUGGACAAACGCCGUCGCAGCUCUUGAUGGAACCACAUCCUCCGAGGAGUUCAGCGAUGCAUUUGUCACCAAUGAUGUUCUCGAGCAUUCCGGACGACGUGUGCAUGACCAUUAAGUUCCCAUCUAAUUCGCCGAUCUGUCACAUCUCGGCUAACACUUAUCCCCAAUUGCCACUGCCAUCGGUUGUGACGGUAACCACCGGACAACAGUUUGCUGUUAAUCGAUGGAAUACCAAUUAUGCAGCCUCUGUGCAAUCUCCGAGCUAUGCAGACACACCUCAGGCCCAGGCUGCCAACCAGCCUUUGUCUAUGGACCCUGUUCUCUCUCAAGCGGCAAACAGCUCAAAUCCAAUGUUACAACGUCGACAUCUAGGCGAUAACUUUAGCCAGAAACUCAAAAUACGCAGCAAUUGUUUCGUCACCACUGUGGACAGUCGAUUUUUGGUGGCCUGUGGAUUUUGGGAUAACAGUUUCCGCGUCUUUUCGACUGAGACAGCGAAAAUCGUCCAGAUAGUCUUUGGUCAUUACGGCGUUGUCACUUGCUUAUCGCGCAGCGAGUGCAACAUCACUUCUGAUUGCUACAUCGCGUCCGGAAGCGCGGACUGUACCGUUCUUCUCUGGCAUUGGAAUGCCAGAACUCAGACCAUCGUCGGCGAGGGUGAAGCACCGGCACCACGCGCCACUCUCACAGGUCACGAACAGCCUGUGACAGCCGUUGUCAUAUCUGCCGAAUUGGGAUUAGUUGUCUCGGGCUCGCAUUACGGUCCAGUACUUGUUCACACUACUUUUGGCGAUCUCCUGAGAUCGCUUGAAGCACCGAACGGAUUUUCGUCACCCGAAAACAUUGCUAUGUCACGCGAGGGCGUCAUUGUAGUAAAUUAUGAACGCGGGCACAUAGCUGCGUUUACCAUAAACGGAAAGCGUCUUCGUCACGAGUCUCACAACGAUAAUUUACAAUGUCUACUGCUGAGCAGGGACGGCGAAUAUUUAAUGACAGGAGGCGAUAAGGGUAUCGUAGAAGUUUGGCGAACUUUCAAUCUUGCUCUACUUUAUGCUUUUCCUGCAUGCGAAAGCAGUGUGCGUUCUCUCGCGCUCGCUCAUGAUCAAAAGUUUCUUCUAGCUGGUCUGGCAAAUGGGUCCAUUGUGAUAUUCCACAUCGACUUUAACAGAUGGCAUCAUGAGUUUCAGCAGCGUUACUGAAAUUACGAUUUUCUCUUCGCCUAAGAAAGUAAGGCGCCCAUAAAAUGUUAAAACAAACUUUUGCGCUUAUCUCUUUAAAUAAUAUGACAAUUUUGAACCUACAUGUAUGUCUCGGACAAAUAGCGCUUUGUUCGUGUGAUUCCCCGUUGAUCGUGGAUCAUUCACGAGAAUUUACGAAUGUGCGAUAGAAACAAAUAUUAUUUGCGCGACAUUUGUACGGGCCAGCUUCUUGUCGGACAUUAGUUUUAGAUUCGCCGCAAUUUAUUCAGUACGCAAAAAAUAAUCUGUCAGUUGUUUCGGAUUAAGUGCAGUGAGAGCGGCAAUGAAACGAGUGCUGUAUUUUUUAACUUAAUAUGCUGUGGAUUUUAACGUUCAGCAAUAAACUCGCUUUCGUGGCUGCGUGCAGUGCUUCCGUAAGGAGAAGCUCGAACGGAGAAAGAUGCGUGAGAUGCAAUCAGAUUUUCAGGUUUAUCUCUGCGCGUAAUUACCGAGUCGAACCCAUAUUGCAAGCUAAUAAAGCGUGAAAAUAUACGCGUGUUGCUCGAAACGCUAGUCAAUUAACGAAGACUCGGAUUUACUUAUCUACGUUCGCAGCUGUUCGCGGAUUAUUUGCGCGAGUUUGUCUCAUACGGGCGUAAAGAAAAGAAUACGCUCUACCGGAGGAAAAUAACCGUUGAUACGAAGAGAGAGGACCGCGUCGAUGAGACGGCGGAGCUGUGUGAACAUAUGUUAUUUUUAUGCCUGAAACUGCACGUGGAUUUGGCCACGACACUUUAGCGUUAAUGUCCAAUGUAAAUACGGAUAUAUUCUUCACGUUAUAUAUAUAUAUAU